GACGCACGGUCACACACUUCUGUGUAUCAGAGCUGUUGUUGAUUUUUUGUGCAGAAAACUCUUGGCUUUGCCUUGUGUUCCAACUGACCCACCGCACCGCAUUGCAUUGUGUAAGUGGAGCGCUGGCCACAGAGUCCCGCAAUCGCAGGAGCGCCGAGUCAGGAGAGCACGAGAAGGAGCAGUCGAUGGACUACGAGAAGGUGGCGCUGAACGCAGGCGGAAGCGGAGGCAGUACAGCCGGCGGAGGCAGCGGCAGCGGCGCCGAACAGGAUCCGGCCAUGUGCGGGGGCCAGGAGAUGCUCGAGGGCAGGGCCAAGGAGAAGGCGCGACGCUACUGGACGCCCAGCGAGGAGGAGCGCCUGUACGAGAUCUGGGGCCGCGACAACUGGCGGCUGACGCGCACCGGCAAGAACACCAUUUUCUUCGGCCGUUGGGCCGAGGAGCUGCGUGAGCGGUUCGCCGUGGACGUGAAGCCCGAGGAGAUCCAAAUGAAGGUGAACCAGACCAGAGCCAAGUUCAGGCAGGUGAAGAAGCAGCUGCAAGCAGACCCUUCCAGCUAUGCCACGCGCUGGAAGAAGUACGACAUCAUAAACCGCAUCCUGAAGAAUCUGCAUAGGCCCAAGAACGCAGAUCCGCUUCCGCCAGAGGCGCUGCUCAACAAUCGCGACAUGACGCCGCCCCGGGAAGAGGCGUCCGCGGAGCAAGUGCAGCAGCCUCUUCAGCAGCAGGGUCUGGGACUGGCCGCUGAGCCGCCCGCUACCACCUUUUACAAUAGCAACAGCAAUCAUGGCAGCAGCCACAACAACAACAACAGCGGCGGCAUGAGCUUUAGCACGGAGCUGUUUACUGACCAGUACGACGAGGUGGUCAAACAGGAGUACGAGGAUGACGAGUACCGCUCGUUGCCCUUCCAGGAGCAGCUGCAACAGUAUUCGCCAGCCGAGCCGGCUCAGUUGCUCGAGUUGCAGACGCCACAGCAACAACAACAGCAGUUUCAGCAAAGCUAUGAGCCCCAGUUUCAACAGCAGCCGGCUCAUUUCACCAACAACACCGGCAACAGCGUCGCGGCCACCUCGACCAUUAACCACCAGCCCAUCACGGCGGUAGCCUACAUAAACAGCAGCAAUAACACCAUCAGCGUGGCCACCAACGCAAACGGAGGCAUGUCGGCGCAGGGGUCGGUUCAAGCUCCAGCUCCAGCUUUAGCUCCGACUCCGGCUGUAGCUCCUGCUCCGGCCACCAAUCCCGCUAUAGUCGGCGCCUCCCCUGUACCCGUGCCGCGGAAGCGCGGUCGUCCAUACGGAUCUGUAAAUCCCCCGCACGCCGAUUCGCUAGAGGCCCUCUACAUGGAGGAGGUUCGGCGAAAGAACCAGCUACUCUACGAGCAAACCAAGAUUUCCCGCCAGCGCCUGGAGCUGGAGGAGCGUAAGGUCGACCUCAUGCAGACCUUCUUUCCCAAGUGUCUCGAGCAGCAGGCGCAGAUUCUUAGCCACGUCAUGCAGCUCCAGCAGCAGGAGCCGACCCACCAGCAGCAUCCGCUUCCUACAGCUCAGCGGCCGCAGUAAAAUCUUUUUCGGACUUAAAACCUCAAUUUUGGACCGCAGUGCAUAAACAUUUGUUUCAAUUACUGGGUUGAUCAUUGUGUUAAUCAGUAAUACACAACCUAAUACAAACACAUGCAACACUGUUUAUAAGAUUAAGGAUAAGCUUAAUUAAUAAAUAAAUACAAAAUCAAAAAA